AUGCCAAACUCAAUCUACUGCAACGCCGACGGCUGCGAGAACGACAAGGUGUUUUCCGGUAAUAAACAACACCAGUAUUGCUCCACUCACAAAUGUGCCGAUUCUUCGUGUGGUCAGAGAAACAAGGCGGGUUCUAUCUGGUGCGGUACACACAAAGAUGGGAAGUAG